AUGUCCUCGAGUCACAUUGCAUUGGCUGGUGCUACAGGCAACCUCGGCGUGCCGAUUCUGCAAGCACUUCUCGACGCCGGUUACAAAGUUACAGCUCUUUCCAGGAACGGGGGCAAUUCGUCAAGGCUCAAGCCUCAUCCUAACCUGGUGGUUAAACAGGUCGACUUCACUUCUGCCGAUUCUAUCAGCCCGGCAUUGCAGGACAUUGACGUGGUCGUCUCUUGCCUUGCAACUCUGGCUAUAGGAAGCCAGACCCCGCUGAUUGACGCAGCGUUUGGAGCCGGCGUCAAAAGGUUCAUUCCUGCAGAGUUCGGCAUGGACUCGCGGAACCCUCUUUGUAAGGAGCUGCCUGUUUGCGUCCCAAAGGCGGCGGUUCAGCAAUAUCUCGGAGAAAAGCACAAGCUACGCCCCAGUUUCACCUGGACCGGUAUUGCAAACGGAAUGUUCCUCGACUGGUGCCUGGGAGAAGGCUUGGUCCUCAACCCUGAAAAACACUCAGCGAUCCUCUACAACGGUGGCGAUGUGCCGUUCAGCGCCACGACGCUGGCUGAUGUCGCAACUGCUGUGCUGGGCAUCAUCCGCCAUCAGAGCGAGACGGAGAACCGCCUCGUGUACAUCCACUCAGCGCUGGUCACGCAGAGUAAGCUGAUCAAGAUGGCCGUUGAUAUUGACGGCAAAGCCUGGCAGACGACGCUCAAGGACACUGAGGAUUUGAAGCGGGAAAGUCCGGCGGAGCUGGCCAAAGGGGCGCAUGCGGACGUCGAAGCCGCGAUGCUGGGAUUUUGCUUCUGCGGUAUGCUGCAUCCGGGAUAUGGCUGUGACUUCUCGGACCAUCUAGACAACGACUUGCUAGGCGUCAAAGGCCUGAGUGAUGGAGAAUUGCGGGCCGUGAUGGCGGCUGAAGUGCGUGCCCAUCUGGUCAUUACUCAAGUAGCAUCGCCAAUCGGAACGUCAUUUAGGAACCUUUUCAAUUCCUCCUCAUUUGUUGAAUCCCGAGCCCAGAAGAAGAAGUCGUGCACUUUCGAGUGGAUGAACGAUCUGAGAAAGAAACCCUCGGGUGUCCGAAGGGAGGUUCGGCCCACCGCGCGGACGGCUGGGCUCACACCUUCUGAGUCCUGCGACUCUCCAGACCUCCCAGCCGACGCUGACGAUGCUCUUCUUGAGAGCUGGUCGUCUGAGAUCUUCCAGCAAGGCUUUGAGACGGUCUUUGGUCUGUCGGUCGGCAGGAACAGCUGCCCGUUCGUUGACGAUCCUCUCUGUGACGUCUGUGUGCCAGCUACCAAGCUCUUUGGUGCUCUGGACGCUUGUAUAGACGAAGAAGUCGGACAGGAUAGCCUUUCGAGAGAAGGUCGCACGCCCGAAGCACAAGGACAGAAAGAAGAAAGGAAUGGAGAGAUUGACAAGUCUUUGCGUCUUGCCAUCAGGGCUUAUACCGCCCGGUGGCUCCCGCUAAUACCCGACAGAGAUCCCUCUCAGCGUGAUCAGGACGAGGAAAGGAUCAAAGACACUUGGCGCGCGGCCAGAAGGGAGAUGCUCAAGGUUAUCAACCGCGCAUCAUAUCGCUCCAUCCUGACCCUCUGCCUUUUUGCGCAAACGCCCAUGCCCUCUGGGAUAUCCGAAGAAGAGGAGCUAGACGGACUGAGCGGGCUAGUUUGCUUACACACAGCACUGCUACAGAUCCAAAGGCUGCGAGAGAGGCAGAAGAAGUGUCAGUUCCGCGGCUCAGAGGCGUCGCCUUGGAGAAGCGCAGCCAUCAGUUCUGUCCCGAGCCCCGACCGUACAGAGGCCUUCUUGAGCCUCGAGAGCAGGGCAUACUGGGCGGCUGUGGUGUGGGACACGUCGAGCUCCCUCACGUCCAACUUUCGGGCGUCUCUGACCUCUGGGCUGAAGGGCGCCUGUGAAGAGUCGGUGUGGCGUCUGAGCAGAGCAUUCUUGCUGGGCUCCUGGAAUCCCAAAGCGGAACAGUGGCUGGCAAAAGGAUUCGAGGUCACGGAUGACACGGCAUCUCAAGUCUUUUCUGCGGCCGCCGUGUGCGGGGUCUACAUGUGGAAAUGCAUAACGUCUCUGAAGGAAGCUCUGAUCGAAGGUGUUGAUGAGGAGGGCGUGUUGUUCGCGUGGUCUUCGCUCCAGGAAGGACUGGAGAUCUUCAGGACGACACUAUGCCCGCUUCUCUGCCUUUGCGAGCGACAAGUCCAUUUUCUGGACCAGCUGCGCCGCAUGAGUUGGUAUCAGAUCAACAUGAAAUACUAUCUCGGCGUCCUGAUCAUGCUCGAUAUCCUUGAGGCAGCUGGUCGACAGGAUCUUCUCAAGCAAGUCGAGGAGAUCAGGAUGGAAGUGGAGCACGAGUCUUUCAAUAUCCUCAAGUUUGGCAUGGAAAGCAGUUAUACAAUCUACGGUCCCGGAGACGGACUAGGCUCCAGCAUGGCACCCGCCGGCGUGUUAGACGGAUCUACACCGGGGAUCACCGCCUCGUUAAUCGCCGUCGACCCAUGUCCUCACCAUGUGGUUGAUUACGUGGCGCUGAUGCACACCGCCCUCAUCGACAAGUACAGGCGGGGCAAGAUGAAGUACGAAGCUUAUUCGUACCUCGCGGGAACGCUCGGCAAAGCCCUCGAUCAACUUCCCAAGCAUUCGAAGUCUGUGGAUGUUGCACAUCAGAAUCUUCGGGACUCUUUCCAAAAACCUGGAAGCAUGACUAUCCCUGGCUAG